AGUGUUGUCACGGGGAUGGAGCGCUGUUGUAGCAGUUUUGGAGAUGCCCCAGACUCCGCCCCCUCCUCCCCCCCAAACGCCUCUCGCUCCUCCCCCUUCGCCUCUCCUCGCUCGCCCCUGAGUUCUGUCUUUUCCCCCGGACCCUCCUCCUCCUCCGGCUCGGGACCCGCCAGACCCGACUCGGACCCAGGACUCGGACUUGGGGGAGCCAUGGUGGACCUGAGUCGGUGGCCUUUGUUUUCCUUGCUGAGUCCGGAGGAGCUGGGGAGCAUCAGACAGGCGUGUGUGUUUGGGACGACGGCCAAUGAAGCCAUCUACGUCACUCACAGCAACGAGGUGUUUGUGAUCGGGCUGAACAGCAGUGGGUGUCUGGGCACAGGCGACUCCCUCAGCUCCAUCGUCCCAAAGAAAGUGGACUUCCUCCGGGGGAAGAGAGUGGUCAGUCUGAGCUACGGCAGCGGGCCCCACGUCCUGCUGGCCACUGAAGACGGUCAGUUGUACGCCUGGGGUCAUAACGGCUACAGUCAGCUGGGAAACGGAAACACAAACCAGGGUCUGAGUCCGGUUUUAGUCACAGCAAAUCUGACCAACAAACGCAUCGUCCAGGUCAGCUGCGGCUCCCACCACUCGCUCGCCCUCGCCCACGACGGAGAGGUUUUUGCGUGGGGUUACAACAACUGCGGUCAGAUCGGCUCCGGCUCCACAGCCAAUCAGCCGUAUCCCCGCCGAGUGACCGGAGCGCUACAGGGACGCACUGCUGUGUCUAUCAGCUGCGGACAGACCUCCUCCAUGAGCGUGUGCGACAACGGAGAGGUGUACGGUUGGGGGUACAAUGGGAACGGUCAGCUCGGGAUCGGGAACAACGGAAACCAACUGGCCCCAAGUCGAGUGUCAGCGCUGCAGGGAAUCUGUAUACAACAGUUGGUGUCGGGGUACGGUCACUGUCUCGCUCUGUCUGAUGAAGGCGCCUGUUUCUCUUGGGGCUCAAACACUUACGGCCAACUGGGAACAGGGAACAAGAGCAACCAGCUGAGUCCAGUCAGAAUCAUGACCGACAAAGAACGAGUUGUGGAAGUCGCCGCGUGUCACUCAACCCACACCUCAGCCGCCAAGACCCAGAGCGGACAGGUGUACAUGUGGGGGCAGUGUCGCGGUCAGUCUCUUCUUCUUCCUGCUCUCACUCACUUCGUGUCCACGGACGAUGUGUUCGCCGGGUUCGCGUCGCCGUCGGUGAUGUGGCGGCUCGUUUCCGUGGAGACCGACAACUUCCUGACGGUGGCGGAGUCUCUGAGGAAGGAGUUCGACAGCCCGGAGACGUCGGACCUGAAGUUCAGCGUGGAGGGGAAGUACAUCCACGUGCACAAGGCUCUGCUCAAGAUCAGGUGUGAACACUUCAGGUCCAUGUUCCGCUCGCAGUGGACAGAAGACCAACAGGAAGUCAUCGAGAUCGGCCAGUUCUCGUUUCCUGUUUACAGAUCCUUCCUGCAGUUUCUCUACACGGACACCGUCGACCUGCCCCCGGAGGACGCCAUAGGGCUGCUGGACUUGGCCACGUCGUACUGCGAGAAUCGUCUGAAGCGUUUGUGUCAACAGAUCAUCAAGAGAGGAAUCACUGUGGAGAACGCCUUCACUCUGCUCUCUGCUGCCAUCAAGUACGACGCUGAGGAUUUGGAAGAGUUCUGUUUUCGAUUCUGUGUGAACCACUUAACGCAGGUGACCCAGACGCAGGCGUUUUGGCAGAGCGACGGUUCCAUGCUGAAGGAGUUUAUCAGCAGAGCCAGCCGCUGUGGAGCCUUUAAGAACUGAGAGAGAGAAAAACUAAAACACCAAAAGUCUCACCAAAAACUCUCAAAGCAAAGACCAAAAAUGUCGACAAACUCCGGCACUUUCCUCUUUCUUUCCGUGGACAAAACGAGACGGCGUUUUGUUUUGUAAGUUUCUCUUUUACUUGAAUUUUUGAGCCAGUUUGAAGGGACGUCGGUGUGGAUUCAUCUGCUUUGUUAAAGGAGCCGUACCUGAUUUUUUUUUUUUCUCUUAAAAUUGUAAAAAAAAAACAAAAAAAACUACUUAAUCUGAAACAGUUUGCAGAGCUCCAAAGUUCUUCGUCUCUUAGCGUCCUAAAUAUUCACCAUGAUGAGUUUAAAAGCACUUUUCACAACUCUCACACCCCAGAGAAAACAAAUAACAUGCUAACGAGCACUUCCUGAAAUGUAAAUGUGCUGGGGAGAGACACAUUCUGCUCAAAUACUUGGAAAAAAAUCAGGUACAGCCUCUUUAAAGUUGUUGACCAAAACGUAAACAAGGUGUGGUUAAAGAUGCACUAUGUAACUUUCUGGUGUCUCCAUGGAGAUGUUGUUGCUUUGCCUGGAAUGUUCCACAGUGUCGCAUUAAUAGAAGAGACUGUAGUGGCUCCCCUAGUCUGAAAUGUCAACGUUUCUCUCUGUAUUAUCCACAUUAUUCCACCUAAACCGCGCUUUUUCUUGUUAAAUGAGAAUCCCACUCGUGUUGAUGGAGAAUUUCAGAAGAGUUUAGCAUCUUAAAUCUGAAAAAAGUCGGUUUAUUUGCGUAAAAUGUUCAGUUUUUGUCUGCACCGAUUCUUUGGCGGCUUUAAAACGGCUUUAUCGUCCGUAAUUAUCGUCUGGGAAACCUGCUAGGAAAAGGGAACUAAGAAAAACCAAGAUGAAAAAAGGGUAUAAAUAAACUAAUAAUUUAAUAAACAGGAUUGUAAAAAAGGUUAAAUUAACAAAACAUGCAAAAAUAUGUACAUAAAGGUUUCAAAGCAAACUAAUUGUACAGGAAUGAACCAAAAGAACGGCAACACAACAAACAUACGCAUGACUUCGAGUGUCUCAUACAGAGUCCCGUAAAAUCAACAUGACGAGAAAACUAAAGACACAAGGAACAAGUGUCUCGUAAAACCAAAGUCAGAGUUACAGAAAUAAACCACAGAGAGACUCACGACACGAGAGACACAGAACUGAGCCGCUGUUCGAGUGAAAUCCCAGCCGCCCUGAACAUGUGUCGAGGAUUUUCUUAAAUGGAGGAGGAGGAGGGUACAGGUGAAGCAGGACUGGGCAGGUGUAGAAAUGUCCCACAGAUCAGCAGGUUUCCCACAGUCAUGGAAUUUUAGUGUCUCUUUCCAGCAGCUCCAGUGUUGUGUUCAGUUCUCAUGAGUCUGUUCUGAUUAUUUGUGAACGUCUGAGUCUUUUGUUUAAAAGAGACGACAGUAAAUGCACUGACAGGAUUUAGAAUGUUUCAAAAACUAUAAUCCCAAACCAUAAAGUGAGAGGAAAGAGUUAAUGUUUCAGAUUUACACCUAAAACUAUGAUCAAUUCUACACAUGGAGGAGCCACAAAGUCAUGGAAAAUUCACUUUAGCUCAUGGAAAAGUUGUGAAAAGUUUUAGAAAUGUUGUCAGUGAAAAAGAGAGAACUCUGAAUCAGGGACUAGGUCUUUCAUGGCAGGAAUCAGGAGGAACAUCUAAAAGAAAUUAAAACACACACAAAACAAGUCAGAGAACUGGAGAACUGGAGACUGGGACCGUAACAUAAACUUCUUUGCUGUAAAGAUCAGCAGCCCCAUACAAAAUAAAACAACCUGAAUAAUGACGCCGGCGCUUACAGCAACUUUUGGAAUAAGGUGAAAAAUGAACAUAAAAAGUACUCGCACUGUUCAAAAACACAGCUUAAAUAUGAAUUACAGGAAAAAACGUCACAUUUAAACUCCACAAAUUUUACUAAAGAGAAUUAUUAUUAUUAUGAAAUUUAAACCACAAUAGUCUGAACAAAAUCUAUAGGAAACUCUGUAUUAAAGUGACCUGGCAUUUAUUCAGUUACAGGAGUUUUUAUUGCACUAGUACCUCGAAAAACAUGCAUUCUUUCUGUGCGCUGACUCGCCUCUGCGCAGAUCUGACCUGUAACUCUGCCUGGGUUAACAUCAUCAGACACAGUUCGGUCAGUAUUGAGAAAAGGCGAGUCCCCUCACUGUUUUCAUGCUGUUUUUGAGCAAUAAAAACCCCUGUAAUUGAACAUAUACAUGAUAACUGAAAUGCCAUACUGUGGAACAUUCCAGGCAAACCAGUAACGUCUCCAUGGAAACGAGCAGGCGGCAUUAUAGUUCACCUUUUAAACCUAAUGAGAUGAAAAUAUGAUUAUUAUAUGAUUCUUUUAUUUUCAUGUUUUGAAUGAUGCAAAGACGGAAGUAUUUUGAGUAGAUUUUAGAUGCAUUUUUACAGAUAAUUUUCCUGAACUGUACUUUUUUGGAUUUAUUUUUAUUGAAAAAAAGUAGUUUAUUAGUUCGGGACGGGACAAGAUCUCGUGAGACAAAAACGCAAAAACAAGAGAGAGAAAAAUGAUCUCGUAACAUUUGUGUUUAUGUUUAGAUUGGACAAAAAACGGUGAAGUGUUGGUGAGUUACAUUUGUACAAGAAAUGCUUGAAUCACAACAAAAUAUUAAAUAAAAUAAAUAUAAAUUGUGAGGACAAAAUUUUACAGUGGCAAUUGCAAAAUAUAAAUCCUCCUGGGACCUGAAGAAAAAAAAAGUGUAUUGCAAUUUUUUUUAAAUUUUCUAUUUAUUUGGAUUAGCAUUUAGAUUUCGUUCAUUUUAUUUUUAUUUAUAAUUGCAUUUAUUUAUUUGUCCUCUGUAAUGGACGCCAAGGACAUUUUGGUUUUAAAUCCAGGUGAAAUUGAAAAACAAAACGACAAAAACAACUUUUUAAUGACCAACAUCUCUGACGAGCUCCUACAGUCGCCUCAAAAAGUUUUUAUACUCUUUUAAUUUACUUAUUUUAUUUUAUUUUUUAAAGAUAGACUGAAGAUGGACUGAUUAACGCAAUGUCCACUAGAAAGGACACGAAUGAACAGGCCGAGUCUCAGGAGGAGAAAUCAGGAAAAUGUAAACUCUCCUCUCAUUUUCUCGUUUUUUCGUUUUCUCGUUUUCUCGUUUUCGUGUCUCGUCCCGUCCUUGUUAGUAGUACUGUAGUUUUGAUUCCACAGAACUGCAAUAACACUGAAUGCAAGUACAAAUAGUUGAUAAAAUCUGUAUUAUUUUAGUUUUAUUUAACUGCUGGAAAAACCUCGGACAGGCCAGUCAAACGUCAACACUCUCGUUAAUGAGACGGAAAGACUUACCAAGUUCAUUCAGAAAGUCUCCACGGAGAAACGAGCGUCCAAACGACUCGCAGUUACAAUAUUAGGCUGAUGUAAAGGUGCACUGUGUAACUUUUUAGUCGUCGUUCUGUCACCUGCUUGUUUCUGUGUCAUUGCUCUGCCCGGAAUGUUCCACAGUGCGACUUUAAACAGCUCUACUUCACAUUUAUUCAACUACAGGUGGUUUUACAGCUCAAAGAUACCUCGAAAAACACACUUUGUGACUGUGAGCGGGGUCGCCUCUCCACAGAUCUGACCUGGAACACCGUCUGGUUUGGUCUCCGUGGAGAUAGAAAGGUUUAAUGUCAUGCUGUGAAACAUUUCGGACAAAACAACAUCUCAGUGUUGCAAAUCCAAAUCCAAAGCAAUUUCCAAAGUCCAAAACAACAAAACUGGUAAAAUCACAUAAAAUCAAAAUCAAAACAUAGAAGUAGAGUAAAGUAAAUACAUUUAAUAAAAGACACAGAGGACACACACGACUCAAGCGGAGUUAAAAGCCACAGAGUAAAAGUGGGUUUUAAGACAAGACUUAAAACUCUCCUCUGUGGGGGUUGUUGGGAUGUGGGGAAGCAGAGCGUUCCAGAGCGUUCCAGAGCAUUCCAGAGCGUUCCAGAGCGUUCUAGAGUCACAGAGAAGGUCCUGUCCUCCUGGUUUUAAGUCCCGUCUUAGGUCCCAUGAGCUGGAGCUGGACCUCGGACCUCAGAAGGAGUAAAUCUGGACGAGGUCUGAGACGUAACCUGGGGCCAGAACUUUAAAAAAGCUUUAAAAACAAACAAUAAAAUCUUAAAAUCAACUCAAAAACGAACUAUUUUUGACGGACUCUCCACUAGAAAAGUUACACAAUGCACCUUUUAAAUACUGUUGAGAAGUUUAUAAGUUUAUCUUAAGGCAUUAAGGUGCUUGUUACAAUUGCUUUAUGACUGCUUUUAUGGAUCUUUUGGCUUGAAAUGAGGUUUGAAUAAGUAGAACUAAAACAGAAACAGAAGUGUGACCUGUUUAUGGUUUAUAUCUCUGUAAUUCCUGGGCCUAUCCUCAUGAAACAAAAACUGUCAUGAAGUUCAGCAUCGUCUCUGUCAGGAGAAAUAAACAAAAGUCGCAGGAUUUUUUCCACAGUCGCUUCAGAAAAUGGAGCCGUUAUUCAGCCCCAAAGACCUCAGAGUUUCAGCAGAAAGGACUUUAAAACCGUACAAUUCAUAUGAUGAGUUUGUGCAGCUGAUCUCAAACAAAGAAUGAAAAGAAGAAACAUUUGUGUAGCAGAAGUUUGGAGAUUUAUACAAACCUGUGUCCUCCAUCAAAUUUCAGAAUGGUGUGAAUUUAACCUUUACUGAACUUUUGCAGUGAAGAAGCAAUGCAAGUGAGUCUUAUAACCACUACUGUAUUCCUUGAAAUGCUGUAAAUUUAGGUUUAGGACUGCAGUUUUUUGUUGAGGUCGGAUGCAAAGGCUUGGUUCGUGCUGAGUUUUAUAUUUUUAAGCACUGCACCUCUCUCUUUUUCUCUUAUAACAGUUACUAAAAGCUAAAGGACAUGUUUACCAUUUUCUAAAUAUGUAUGCGCUGCUGCAGACUGUCUGUUAUUAUUAAAUCGCUUUAUUUUCUUAACAUGCGCAUUGACUUAAGGGCUUUCCAUGUUUUUGUUUUAUGCUGUUACUUGUAUGUUACACAUGACUAGUUUUUUAUGACCAUAUAGAAAAUAAAUACUGUUUCUUCUACUGCC